GCCAAAUCUGCUCUUGCGGCCUCACCGCGGCCUGCCCCGUCGUACCGCGGUUGGGCAGCUUUUGCCGUCGUUCCGGCUUACCUACACCCUUUGAGGAGCCAAAAGCACCUGCUGUACUCCCUAUAUUGAGAUUUUGGCCCUUGGUACUCCCCAUAUUGAGAAUCAAGAGUUACUCCCCAAACUGAGGUUUUUUAACAGCUGCACGACACCUUGACAUGUGCGACUACUACUCGCCACCCGGCGUGACGCACGGCUGCUCCUGCUGCCCGGCGCGGCGCGACUACGCGCCCGCGGCCUGCUUCCAACGGAGGACGCACGAGAAGACGGCCAGUAUCGGUGCGCUCUGCAGCCUCUGUUGGAUCGUCGUCAUGGUCUCGCGUUCCUGGCGCUCGCCGGCUCGCCUGGGCCGACCGCGGCGCGGGCGGGGGCCGGGUGAUGGGCUCCAUCUUUUUCGCGAUGUUUGCGUCGGCUUUUGCUCUGGCGAGCUGCGCCGCCGCGGUCGGUGGCUGCUGUUGCCUGGAUCUCUGCGACGCGGACGCGGGCGACGUCGAGGCGUCGCCCCGCGGCGUCGCGCGCCCGCCGCCGACGUCGGACUUCGACUGGCACCACAAGAAGUCGCCUAA